UCAGUCAGUCAGCCGUUCCCAGUAUAGGUAUUUCUCGACUCGAUUGUCUCUUUUUAUGUUUGAGGUAUUCGUUUUGUAAGUGAGAAUGAGAAAAGGGUGUCGUUUAUUAUAAUUGAAUUUACAUUAAAUUAUAUUUAUCCACUGAAUGUUUAUCAUAUAUUAUUAAGAACAAUGCCUUUGGCCAAUACUUCGGAUCCCUGGCGGAUGCAGAAUGUCGGAGAUAACACGCGUACUAACACAGGACAGUCAGCUAAGAGUCUUCCAAUGGUUGUUGAAACUUCAGCAGAAUCCCGACAAGCAUCAACAGCAGAAAGUAAUGACUCUAAUGAACUUAACUAUGAGAGAGAAGUGUUACUCCAAGAUGUUGUCAAGGAAGGUCACGAAAAGGCAGAUCCGUCUCAGUUUGAAUUGCUCAAGGUUCUUGGUGAAGGUUCUUUUGGGAAAGUGUUCUUAGUAAGGAAAGUUAGUGGUGCUGAUGCUGGCACUCUUUAUGCAAUGAAGGUACUUAAAAAGGCUACAUUAAAAGUAAGAGACAGAGAGCGAACAAAAAUGGAAAGAAAUAUAUUAGUAGAAAUGGGUCACCCAUUUAUUGUAAAAUUACAUUAUGCAUUUCAAACGGCUGGUAAAUUAUAUUUAAUAUUAGAUUUUCUGCGAGGUGGCGACCUAUUUUCUCGUCUUAGUAAAGAGGUAAUGUUUACUGAAGAAGAUGUAAAAUUUUAUUUAGCCGAGUUAGCAUUAGCAUUGGAACAUGUUCACAGACUAGGUAUUAUAUACAGGGAUCUUAAACCAGAGAAUAUUUUAUUAGAUGCUGAUGGGCAUAUUGCUCUUACUGACUUUGGUUUAUCAAAAUUACCACCAAGUAGUGACAAAGCUUACAGCUUUUGUGGUACUGUCGAGUAUAUGGCGCCUGAGGUUGUCAAUCGAAGAGGACACACUUUUGCCGCAGAUUGGUGGUCUUUUGGAGUUCUAAUGUUUGAAAUGCUUACGGGUAACUUACCAUUCCAUGGUUCCACAAGACACGAAACUAUGACUCAAAUAUUGAAAGCAAAGCUCGGUAUGCCAUCAAAUCUCAGUGAAGAAGCUCAGUCAUUACUUCGAGCGUUGUUUAAACGAAACCCUCAUAAUCGGUUGGGUGCCGGUCCCAAUGGAAUUGAGGACAUAAAACAACACGAAUUCUUUGCAAAUAUAGAAUGGGAUGCUCUUUUACGAAAAGAGGUGGUGCCACCAUUUCGACCUGCCGUUUCGAGAGCCGAUGACGCAUUUUAUUUCGAUUCGGAGUUCACUUGUCGUACACCAAGAGAUUCUCCGGGUGUUCCUGCAUCUGCUAAUGCUCAUGAACUUUUUAGAGGCUUCAGUUUUGUCGCACCAUGUUUACUGGAUGAUGAUAAUAACAAAACAGUCACUAACAACCAAAACCAGAAUCAUGUAGCACAAAACAAUAAAACAUCCAGUGAAGACUUUUGGGCCGGCUUUGUCAAUAGGAACAAUUUCUUUGAUGAAUAUAGACUAAUGGGAGAAUUAGGUACCGGAUCAUUUUCUGUGGUUCGCCUUUGUGAACAUAAAACUUCUAGAGUUCAAUAUGCAGUAAAAAUAAUGGAGAAACUACAGUAUGAUCCUCGUGAAGAAAUAGAGAUUUUAUUAAGGUACAGUCAGCACCCACAUAUAAUAACGUUACGUGGCGUGUACGAGGAGGGCGAUCGAAUUCUUGCGGUCACAGAGUUAUGCCGUGGCGGAGAACUCCUUGAACACAUAACACAACGCCGCUAUCUCCCGGAGCACGAAACCGCGCCUAUAUUAAGGAAUGUUGUGCAAGCUAUUUAUUAUUUGCACAGACAUACAGUUGUACACAGAGAUAUAAAACCAUCAAAUAUAUUAUUUGCAACGGCCGAGAAGAGACCAGAAGAUAUUCGUUUAGUGGACUUUGGACUAGCAAAACAGUUGCGAGCCGAGAAUGGUCUACUAAUGACACCGUGCUAUACAGCCAAUUUCGUAGCUCCCGAGGUGCUGAAACGAGCUGGAUAUGAUGCUGCUUGUGAUAUUUGGAGUUUAGGUGUGCUAGCCUACAUAAUGCUUUCGGGUCGAACGCCGUUCGCUUCAACCGGGGAUGAUACACCUGAGGCGAUAUUAGCAAGAAUUGAAUCUGGAAAGGUGGACUUAUCGGGCGGCGUAUGGCGCGGCGUGUCUGGCGAAGCUCGCGGCUGUCUUCGCCGCAUGUUGCAGCUGGAGCCAGGACUGCGGCCCACCGCCGCCGACCUGUUACGUGAACCGUGGCUCUCCAAUGCAGUCGCCAGGGUGCCGCCACUUGAAUCACUCACGGAUACAGAAGCCCCGCCGCCUGCUGCAGACUUGAGACGGGCCGUCGAUCUCACUUUCCAGGCGAUGACGUCAUCACCAUUAACGCCACAAGUAUUGGGUCCAGUCUCACAGUCAACUCUUGCACAACGUCGCAGUAAACCACAGCGACGUUACCCACCAACACAACUAUAGACGUCAGCCCAGGUAUACGAAUACAAGACUUGACUGGCAUAGUGUACUAGUCAUGAAUAUAACAUACAUGAAGGUUGAAAAUAAGGCAUUUGACUCGGGGGAAAUUGGCAAGUCAAUGCUAAAAAUUGAUGAAGCUGACGUAAAUAAAACUAAACUUUUUACACAAAGCUACUUUUUAUAAUCACGCCGAAUGUAAUGACGAAGAGUAAUCACCAGUACUUUAAUUAUAUUUUUUGUUUUACUGUUAAAUAAGAUUAGCAUUACAACAUUCCAUCUUAUUAUUUGGUUACGUUGAAUUAUAUAUAUUAUACUAGUUGGAAGUGUAUAAAAUGUUACAAUUUUAUAUAAAUGAAAGUUGUCUUCCUUCGAAACGCGUACAUUUUAGGCAAGAAAACUCUAUAUUUUUACAUUAUUUCUGCCCACCUAUUUGACUUUAUAGUCCUUCUGUGCCAUUAAAUUUUAAAGUAAAUCUUAAUGGAAUCUUAAAUCAUAAGAUUCGAAGCUUUAUAAUCUGUCACAAUAAGUAAAUUACUAUAUAAAUAAAUGCAUAUAAUUAAAUAGGAUUUUAUUACAUGUUUGUUUUCAUACAGUAUUAACAACAUAAUAAGAUUAUUCGUUAUCAUUAUUGUCAUUGUGUUAUAUAUUAUGAUUUUAGGUCAAGAUGUUAUUUAUAUUUUUAUAAGACAGUAUCCAUUAGAAUUAAGUAUUAAUAUAGAUGUUAAGUACUAUAACAGCGAUUAAUAUAUUCGCUUCGACUAAUAAAUCAAGCUAGGAAGAGUUACGUGGACUAAAAUAAAUAUAACUAUCUAUAUUGGCGUGUGAAUGAAGAUUUUUGUAAGCAAGAAUAACUUUUUUGCAUAUUAACAAUUGUGCAAUGUACAAAUAUAAUAUAAAGUGAAACAAGAAUCUAAGUCAAUAUUACUCUAUUUACGUUCAAUUAUUUUCAUAUCAAAAAGGCCUAAUACACUCGGUCCGUGCAAAAUAUAGUGUUCUGUUACCUAUAAGGCGUAAUUGUAAACUCUUGUUAGUUAAAAAUACUUUCGCUGUCCAGCUAGGCUCCUAUUUAGGAGCUAUCUAUUAUCCUUCAUAUUGGAUCUUCAUAUCAAAAUGAGAUUCAUGCUAACAUUUCUAUUCUUAAUGUCUGUUAUUAAUAAAAACGUUUCUGGAGAUUAGGAAUUACUUAAAAUUUAUUUUCUUCUCAGGAUUAAUCAUAAGUACUUAAUUUUUUUUUUAUAAAACUAAAUUAAAAAGAAGUCCAAUUAACGAUAAUCGAUAUUAAUCCCGCACUUGUUCAUAAGUAGAUUGAAAUAUACUCGUAGAUUAUAUAAAAUCUAAGUUUCUAUAAAGUAUUGUUUUAUAAAGUUAUACCUAGUCUAUUUAUUCGGCGGUCGAAUUGUGUAAUUUGGUUGAGAAAAUUAAGUAAUUUUUAAUAAAACGGGUACAACAAUUUAACCUUACUAUUGGAAAACUACUAAUAUUAUAUUGUGCAAAAAAGAUCCUGGAUAUAUGUCCAACACAUGUAUCUUUUAUUUAUUUUAUUAGAGAAAUAUAUAAAAUUCUUAGUUUUAUUUUUAUACUAGCUUUUUCUAACGGCUUCACUUACCUGUAGCAUUUGGUUUUCAAAAAUGAUAAAACACUUUAUUUCUUAGUAAAAAAACUAAAUAUAAAAUUUCGCCUUGCUAACUUAAAUUUAACAAAUUUUCAUAUAAAUUAUAAUCUAAAUCAAAUCAUUCCCUAUUUCACUGAAAAAAAUGUAAUUUUCCAGAUAACAUUUCUACUGGUUUUCAGUUCAUUAUAAUGGUCAGAAUUCACGGUUUCAGUAAAUAACAGUCAACUUACAAGUCGCAACUAAUCAAGAUAUUUAGCACUGUUAAAAUAAUUGUUUAUUAUUACUUAAUAAGAUUUAGAUAAAAUUGGCAAUUUUUAUAAUAAUGUACACCAUCAUCUACUUCUCCAUUGAAUAUAACCCACCAAUUUUAAUUAAUACAAUUUUACUAAUCCGUUCUUAUCUUAUCACCUAUGUUUUAUUCAUUACUAUAUAAUAGAAUAAUUAAAUUAGAUUAUAAAAUUACAUUUGCAUUUUAUAACAUCUAUUUCAAUAAAAAAUUCUUAUAGAUAUUUGGAUUUGUUUGAAAUGUGGUUUCUUAGAUUCAAGCACUAGGUUGAUCAAAUCAUAUUUGUCCAAUGUAGUUCGAAUUUGAAAACAUUUUACUAAUUGGAACAUAAAAAACUCGUUAAUUGUCUUAUAUAAUUUUCACGACACGUAGUAAUAAAAUGUGUAAUCUAUUUAAACAGGCAAAAAUUUUGUCGUUUAGUUAUUCAUUGUACUUUUAGAUAGUAUAGAUGGGUAAGUUAGUUUUUUUUUGUGACUAUUAAGAAACUUAUAUUUUUUAAGAUAUUUUUAAAUUAUUUAUUAGUGCUUGUAACAGACUAAAAUAUAUAUACUCUAGCUAUACAUUGUGCAUACAACCUAAAUCGUUCGUAAAUAAUAUCGUUUUUAAAUCAAUGCUGGAAGGUGCUCAAUAACAACAUAUUGUCCCACAAUUUUAAGUGUACAGUUUUACAAAUCCGUUAUGAGGUAUCAAUUUAUUUUAUUAUAUAUAUUUUUAUUACACUUAUCUGACAUAGCUACUGAGAGUUGUUUUCAUAACAAAAUUUACCAUCAGAAAAUUGAUACACCAUUAUUCUUUCAACUCUAUCCUUUCAGCGCUGAUAUAUACACAAAUAUUAGCAUUACAAUUUUUUAAAAGUUACGACUGAAGAUUCUGUUUCUAUAUGUAAAAAUAACAUGUCCAUAAUAUUUGCUCGUACCUAUAAUCUGUAACAAUUAUUAAACUAUUAAUUGACCUCUAAUUUCUCAGAGUAUGAAUUCGUAGAUAACUUGAUUUUGAUUUUAAUAUUUUUGUAUAAAAAAAUUGUAAUAUUUUUGUUUAAGCCAUAAGUGUAUAAUAUGCUGUUGGAAUUGGAUUCCUCUGCCAAAGAUGUAUUUUAGUCAGAAUUUUACAUGUUUACCUUCUCUUUUCUAUGAGUAUUAAUGAUUAUUUUUGUACCUUAUUCAUUGUAAAUUAUAUUUUUGUAUAAAUCGAUUUUAUUACAUUUUAUCAAUUGAAGGAAUUGAAUUUAAGUAGAAUAUUAACGUAUAACGUGUAAGAAUGGGAAUCAUUAUAUAUAAAAAUAAUGUAAGUACCUAUAAUAUAGUCAAAUGGAAAAUAAUGUCAUUGCUAUUAAAAAUAACUUGACAUAUCUGGCAGAAAAUCUUAAUAUUCAAUUAAUUUUAUACAAAUGUUAUCAUAAAAAAUGGUAUGUAUAAUAUAACACACAAUAAAAAUAUUAAUUACAUCAUUCCAAGAAAGAAGCUAUUUGAGUACCUUGCUCUAUAGUACGUAUUUGGUUUAUAGGCAAACUAAAACAAGUUUCUGUAGCAUUAAGAAUAAUAUAUAUUUGCAAAAUAAUAUCCAUGAUAACUUAAUAUUUGGCCUAUAACAAAAUUAUAGACACUUUCGUUUGUACUUGCAUUAUGUGGAAACUAGUGGUCAGAUAUUAAUGAAAUAUCUUAUAAGUAUCAGCUUUAGCAUUCUGAAAAACAUGCCAAUACUUGUAUUCCUAUAACUAAAACGGGUCCACAACCCAUUUGGCCACAUAAACUAUCAAAAAGAUUUGGUAGAUUUAAAUGUACUUUAUUUAUAGUUAAUUUAGGUUUUUUAUUAAACUAUAAAUAUGUAGGCCAAUAAAGGCUACAUGUAUAUAUUCUAAUUAGAACAAUUACUUAUAACAGAUGUACCUAUGUAUUUCUAAAUAACAAACAACAUUCAUGUAUAAAAAAAAAAAACUAGAUGUAUGUAAACUUGCUUUAAUUACACUAUACAUUGUUGUUUUAUAAGAUUGGUUAUGGUGAAUUUACUAUGAAGUCGAAUAUAUAUACUAUUAUUAUUGCAUUAUACUUUAUUAUUGUAAUGAAUGUGUCAAUAUGUAUAAUUAUGAAUUGUUUUAAAAUAGUAUUGUAUGUUCCUUACAUUAUUACUCAAAGCAUUACAUUUAACUGGAAUCAACUGUCAUAAUAGGUAUUGUAGAAAUAGUAUAAGUGUCUGCUCCUUUACUCAUCAACAGUACAAAAACUUUUACAAUGUGUAAUGAUCAGGUUUUGUAGAUUAAAAUGCUAACAAUUUAGAACUUUAGAUAUAAGAAUUAUAAUGAGCACUAUUUCUUGAUACAUUCUGUAGAUGAUUUUGCUUACAAAGUUAAAUAGCUGCCAUUUUCUUAGGUCACUUAAGGAAUAAUAACACUAUUAUAAAUUUGCCCCAUAUUGUCAUAAUUCAAUGACAAAUAAUUAUUUUAGGAGAGCUUGUUCACAGUGAACAGAGUUUACUCACACAUUUGUUAUUUAAUUAUAAAAAAAUAUUUUCAUACUGACUCAAGAGUUGGUGGUAUGUUAAUAUAGAUAGUUUUUUCUAUGGUAAAUUGAUAAACUAAAUAGUUGUAGCGAAAGAUACUACUGUGAGCUGUGAAUAUGACCACAAUGUCAAAUUGAAUAUUGCAAUGCUUCAUGUGGUCUCAAAGUUAAUGUUGCAUUGUCACAUCCUUCUAUUUUUCUAUCUCUGAAAUAGAAAUAAAAUUUCUAAUAGUAUAUAAUUACUAUCAGAAAAUUGUUAUUUAAGGAAAUUAAUUGUGUUAAUUAACAUUAUGUAACUAAUAUAUUGUUGACAUUGCUUAAAACUUUUGUUUAAUUUGAUUAUUAUUAUGAAUUCAUUAGUUACUCUUCAAUUGGUAGAUAAAUAACACAUUUUUUCCAAUAAUGUAUUAUUAAUUAGCAGGUUUGUGAGUAUAUAUUUGAUACCAUGUUAUCACUAUGCCUUAUCCCAAAUACAAACUUGGCAUAGGCAAAUUUAAACAGAUUAAGCAACAUUUAAAAUAAAUUUUUUUUCAUUAUGCCAAA